AUGGAAAUGGAUGAUUUUGAAAAAUUGGAAAAAGUUGGAGAAGGUAUUAUAAUGUUACAAAAUAAUGAUUACAACCAUUCAGCGGCUAAGGACAAAAAAACCGGAAGAAUUGUGGCUCUUAAGCAGGUGCGCCUAGAUUUACCCGUUGGAGAACAAGAAGGAAUUCCACCUACUUCACUUCGAGAAAUUUCAUUGCUUAAAGAAUGUUCAAAAAAUGAAAAUAUUGUAAAGGUUCUCGGAACUCCGGAUGAGAAUGUUUGGCCUGGUAUAUCACAAUUUAGAGAUUUCACACCUGUAUUUCCAAAAUGGAAACCACAGCCUCUUAAUCAAUACGUUCCUACAUUGAAUUCUCUUGGCGUCGAUCUGCUUAGUUCAUAG